AUGAAUUCCAGAGAUUCUUCUUUAACUCCUUUACAAGUAGCAGUGCUAGAUGAACCUGCUUUGGCAAAUAAUCCUGAACAUUUUAUAAGCAGUGAUGAAUAUAAUGGAGACGUACCCAUUGCCAUUGAUUUUGGGUCAAACACUUUGAAGGCUGGUUAUACUAAUCAAGACGUUCCAAGUUUGGUCUUUCCAACAAGAUUGACUCGUUUUAGAGAUAGGAGAUUGAAUAGAACUAUGACAUUUAUUGGUAAUGAUAUUAGUUUGGAUCAAGCAGUUCGUGCACAAUCUAAGUCACCAUUUGAUGGGUCUAUGGUUACGAAUUGGGAAUAUAUUGAUGAGAUGUUAGAGUACACAUUUAAACAUUUAGGUGUAUUGGGAGAUAAUGGUAUAUCAAAUCCACUUAUAUUCUCGGAAAAAUUGGCUGUUGUUCAAGCUCAAAGGUCUCAAUGGUACCAACUUUUAUUUGAAACAUUUAACAUAUCUAAAGCUACCUUUGGUAUCGAUAAUCAAUUUGCAUUUUUUGCUAAUAAUAGCAUUGAUAGCACUGGUUUAAUGAUAGGUUGCAAUAACGAAGAUACAAAUGUUAUCCCCAUAGUUAAUGGGGUAGCUUCCCUCCAAGAAUGUAAACGUAUUAAUUGGGGUGGUAAUCAUGCAGUCUCUUAUAUGAAUAACUUAUUGUCAUUAAAGUAUCCUUAUUUUCCGACUAAAUUGACAGAUCUCCAAUAUCAAAAAUUAUACCAUGAUUAUUGUUACGUCUCUCCAGAUUAUUCAGCAGAUAUUGAUAAAUAUUUAACGUUAGAUGUGUUGGAAGAGAAAAACAUAGUUGUAGAAGCACCAUUUACUGAAAUUACUCAACCUCAAAAGUCAGAAGAAGAACUUCGAAUCCAAGCUGAGAAGAGAAAGGAAACUGGUAGAAGGUUACAAGAACAAGCAAAACAAAAAAGAAUGGAAAGGUUAAUUCAAAAACAAGAAGAACUAGAGUACUAUACUCAACUAAAAGAACAAUUUAUAGACCAACCAAAAAAGAAAAUAUUAUCAAUCUUACAGAAUGCAGGCUUUGAUGAUGAACGUGAUUUCAAAAAAUAUGUAUCAAAUCUAGAGCGCUCUGUUAAAAAAGCACACUCGGCUGAACUAGCAGAAGAUGAUGACGUUGAUGAAGAUCCAUCAGCAAAUAAAUUUGACCUUCUUGAUAUUCCAGAUGAUCAACUGACACCUGAACAAAUAAAGGAAAAGAGGGUUCAAAGACUAAUGAAAGCAAAUGUAGAAGCUAGACAAAAAGCUAAGGAAGAGAAGGAAAGGAUCCAAAAGGAGGAGGAAGAGUUAAGGAAAAAAGAAGAAGAAUGGAGACAAAGUGAUCUUACUGGCUGGAUCAAGGACAAGAGAGGUAAAUUGAAUGCAUUGAUUGUAAAGAGAAAGGAAAAAUUAAAGAUGCGUGAAGAGAUGAAAGAUCGUAAAUCUCAAGCUGCGCAGAAUAGAAUGAAGAACUUGGCGACAUUGGCAGAAGACAAUGUUCGUCAGGGAGGCAAAAGAAAUAGAGAUCAGGCAACUAUUGAUAAUGAUCCAAACGACACAUUUGGUGCUGAUGACGAAGAUUGGAUGGUUUAUAAUGACAUAAGUCAGAAUCCCGAAGCUUUGGAUGAAGCCAUUGAAGAGGAUUAUAAAGAUAUUGUUGAAAUAGAGAAAGAAUUAUUAGAAUUCGAUCCAAACUUUACUGGUGAAGAUACAUUAGAUGCUCAAUAUGACUGGAGAAACUCGAUAUUGCACUUAUUCUUAAGAGGUCCUAGGCCACAUGAUAGUGAUGAUGUACAUGAACAGCAUCAAAUGCAUUUGAAUAUUGAACGUAUUAGAGUACCAGAAGUAUUAUUCCAACCAACAAUGGGAGGUUGUGAUCAGGCCGGUGUAGCGGAAUUAUGUGAAACAAUUCUUCUUAAAAAGUUUGGUUCUUCUCCAAACCAAUUAAGUAAAACUGCAGAAGAUAUGGCUAAUAAUAUAUGGUUAUCAGGUGGUAAUGCGAAAGUGCCAGGACUGAAGAAUAGAAUUGUGAAAGAGUUUACUUCAUUUUUACCUGUGGGUACAAAGUUAUCUGUAAAUAUGAGUUCAGAUCCGUUAUUAGAUUCCUGGAAAGGUAUGGCUAAAUGGGCUAAGAGUGAGGAUUAUAAUAAAAGUUUCAUAACAAAAAAAGAGUAUGAAGAAUAUGGACCAGAGUAUAUAAAAGAACACAAGAUGGGUAACGUUGCCUAUUUUGAGUAA